UAGACUCUGGUAAAUUUUCAGUCCUCCGUGCAAGUGGAAGCUACUUUAAUUUUGAUCAGUGCCUUUCAGUGGUUUGAAGUGUUAAAAAUUUUUUCGUACAGUUGUUCGAAUGAAAUACAGAAGUCGAUCUAAUCGACAAAUCAUUCAAAUCCAGUUUAGAAGUUUCUUGAGGUGAAGACUGAAGACAGUUUAUAACGAAAUAAAGUUAAGGUUGUGCCAAAUAGUAUUAAACGCUAAUUUAUUAUAAGAAGAAUAUUUAUUAUAAUUUAUUUGGAAGACAAAAAUGAAGUUCAACGGUAGUCUUUAUUCUCGAUUAAAACUAGCGAUAUUUCUCGUCUUGGUGAUUUCCCAUUUAAGUGAAGGAACAAACAAUGAUACAAAACAAGAAACUCAAUGUGAAGAAAACGGAAAACCCAAAAACACAUUUUCCUGGCCCGACUAUUUAGUCCUCGGCACAAUGCUGCUCGUUUCCUGCGGAAUCGGCGUUUUUUACGGUUUCAUCGGCGAAAAACACUCCUCCAGUGACGACUUCCUGCUGGGUGGAAGCUCAAUGGGCACCUUCCCCAUGGCCAUGUCGCUGGCAGCGAGUUUUAUCACAGCCAUCGAACUGCUAGGAAAUCCUGCAGAAAUGUACAACUACGGGACCCAGUUUUUGAUGAUUUGCUGCGCUUUUAUCCUGGUGGUGCCACUAACGGCCCGCUUUUACCUCCCUUUGUUUAUGGAACUGCGGCUUACUAGCAGUUAUGAAUAUUUUUCGCUACGGUUUAACCCUUCGGUUAGGUAUUUUGCGAGCGGACUUUAUAUCCUGCAAAUGGUUUUGUAUAUGAGUGUUGCGGUCUAUGCUCCGGCUUUGGCUCUAAGUCAUGUAACCGGUUUGAACGUGUACGUGGCGGUAAGUGUAGUUUACAUCGUUUGCAUAUUUUACGCGUCUCAGGGAGGAAUGAAAGCUGUUAUUAUCGCUGAUACGUUCCAAGCCGGUGUUUUGAUCGGUUCCAUUCUACUCAUCUUGUAUUUGGGCGAGAAAUUCGUUGGAGGAACCGGAGUUAUUUGGUCGCAUAAUUACAACACCGGACGAUUAGAAAUAUUCAAUCUGAAUCCUGAUCCCACAAUACGGCACAGCUUUUGGUCAGUGGUUAUUGGCGGAACUUUCUACUGGAUGACGAUGUUUUGUUCAAAUCAAGCCUCGAUUCAGAAAUAUUUAUCAGUGGAAAACAUCAACCAAGUUAAAACGGCCUUGUGGACGUCAUGCUUCGGCCUUAUUUUAAUAUACGUUAUAAAUUUCUACACGGGGAUGAUCAUGGUGGCACAUUACCAAAACUGCGACCCGAUCAAAUCGGGCGAAAUUUCUGCAACCGACCAGAUUUUGCCACUUUACGUCAUGUCAGAAAUGGGGCAUUUCAAAGGCGUUGCAGGAUUUUUCGUUGCGGGGAUUUUUGCAGCCAGUUUAGGCACCGUGGCUUCGGCCCUCAACAGCCUGGCAGCCGUCACGAUCCAGGAUUUCGUCUGCGGUGCUUUUAAGAUCGUCCUGCACGAAACCAAGGGCGCCUUUUGGGCCAAAUCAAUUUCUGCAAUGUACGGGGCAAUUAGUUUUGUCUUGGUUUUUGUGGUGGCCCAGUUGGGGAGCAUUAUGCAGGUUGCGAUUAGUUUCAACGGAAUGGUCGGGGGUGUGACCCUCGGGUUGUUCUCCCUGGGGAUGUUUUUCCCGUGGGCAAGCUCCAAGGGCGCACUUUUGGGGAGUAUGAUCGCUGUGUGUGUGAUCAGUGUGAUGUGUGUUGGGCAACAAAUUGCCAUCGCCAAUGGGGAUUUGGUGGAGGAAUCCAAACCCACCACUGUUGAUAACUGUACCUGUUUUAACGCAAGUCUUUCGCACGAAAACCUCGAUGGAAAAGUGGCCUCAAGUUCGGUUUUUUUCCUGUUUCGAAUAUCGUACAUUUGGUAUUCGGCUUUGGGUUUUGCGAUGACGGUCUUGAUCGGCUUGGUGUCAUCGCUUCUGGUUGGGUGUAGUGAUCCGCAUGAAACUGACUGGAAUUUGGUUUCGCCGCCUAUUAAAAACCUUUUAUUUUCCCUCUCCAAUAAAACUAAAGAAAGGUUGAAUCUUCCAUUAAAAAUCAACAGCAAGAAGACGCAAAAAAAUACCUUUGUUGGCGUUUUUAACAUGGCUUUGGACAUUAACGAUGAAACGAAACCGAAAGACAGUGAAAAGAGGAGCGAAAAGGUGCGAAAAAUUUCAGCACCUUCGAGUUUUCUAGUGACAUCUUAGCACCUUAUCUCCAAACUCGCUAGUAUUACGUUUGUAACAUAAGUUCAAAUAAGAGUAUUAUUUUUAAUAACACACUGUUGACAGUAUUUUUGUGUGUAAAUAGUUAAAAUAAGUUGAUUCUGUUGGACAAUAAUUUAUACAUACAUAUCUAGCUUAUUUUUAGUGUACUUACUGAAAAGUUUUGUUCAAUUGUAUGAAUAAAGCCUUGAA